AGCUAGCGUGUGCAGCGCGCGACAGGGGAUGUUGUGGUCUGACGUCAUUAAACAGCGACUCAGGAGACGUCAUCAACCCCAUGCAUCAACCCUGCAGGCGUUGUUUUGGGCAUGGACUUCACAGAGUGCUACGGAGACAGUGUCUCUAGUGUUGCUGCCGCAGCUCGCUCCGGCUGUAGGAAGCGUGUGAGGAGGCUGAUAAAGAGAGGUUUCAGCGUGGACUGUCGAGACAACCGCGGUUGGAAUGCCCUGCACGAGGCGGCAGCCGCCGGCAGUAAGGAGUGUGUGCGGGACAUUUUGGCUGCUGCGGGCGCAGCAGGUUCCUCCCGUAGCUGCAGUGCCUAUGUCAACUCGUUGACGCAUGAGGGGGAAUCUGCAUGCCACCUGGCAGCGCAGCGUGGCCACCUGGCAGUGGUCCGACUCCUCCUGGAAGCCCAUUCCAACAUCAACCAGCUAACAAAUGACUUGUCCUGUCCCUUGUAUGCAGCUGUAGACGGCGGGUACAAGGAGGUUGUAGAACUGCUGCUCAGUAAAGGUGCAGAGGUCAACAGGACACACACUGCGUCCUGCUGGACCUGCCUUCAUCAGGCUGUUUAUAAGGGUCACAGUGAAAUUGUGCGCAUACUGGCCAAUGUGUGCAACCUGGAGGCACUAGAUGACCACAAGAUCUCCUCUCUCUUUGUGGCUGCACAGUAUGGACAACAGGAAUGCCUGGAAAUCCUUGUUAAUGCUGGUGCCAACGUGAGCACCCAGGCAGCUGAUCUGGCCACACCGCUGCUGAUUGCCUCUCAGGAAGGCCACCAGUCGUGUGUGGAUUACCUGUUGGACCACGGAGCAGAUCCUAACGUAGCGUGCAGUCACGAGUGGCCCCAGCUUCCCAUUCACGCUGCUGCUGAGUUUGGCCACAUCAGUGUCCUCAGGAGGCUGAUAGCUGUUACGGAUCGUGCGUGUGACCGUAGUGACGGCAUGGUGAGUCCCCUAUACGUGGCCAUCCACAGCCAUCAGAGCAAGAGUGUGGAGAUGCUGUUGAGGGAAGGUUUCAGCCCAGACGCCCAGGACUGCACACACAUCCUGGGCAUCCGUUCACCACUCUCCUUCGCCUUGUGUCGCACAUCCAGCAAACCAUACAGUGAAUCGGUGGGGUUGCUGGUAGCAGCAGGAGCAAGUUUGAGUGAGGAGGACUGGAUUUAUGCCUUGGCCACUGACGAAACAGACCUGCUGCAACUGAUACUUAAGCAUAGAUGGAUCCCUCGACCAGAGACUUUGACCAGGGACUGUUCCGUACCACAUCAUCACGGGAAAACGGUGUUAAAGCUGCAGGAAGUGAGGGAGCUGCUCUGUGUGGCACUAAACCAAGUACACUUUGCCGCCCGCUGGCUUCCUCUGCUUUUGAAGGCAGGACUGGAACCUUCUUUGCUGCUUCAGCCCCACAUGUUGGAGCAGGCAGACAGUGAAGUGCUGAAUUACCUGCUGGAGUUUGUAAACUGGUCGAAUCUGUCUCCCCCUUUGAAACAUAUUCUGGAUCGAAGACGAACAGAGAAGACCUGGGAACCAUGUCCACAUUUCGACUCCGUUCCCUGUCUUUCCCACAUGUGUCGGCUGCAGGUACGGUCAGUGUUGGGACCAGAUCUACUGAUGAGGACCGAUGUUGUGCAGCAGCUCCCUGUGCCCUCCCUACUUUACGACUUCCUCCAAUUCGGAGACAUCCCGGAAGCUUCCUACACACACUCACCGCCAUCGCCACUUUCAAAUCGACUACAGGGAUACCGCAGCGCACACGAACACAGACAUGUUCUAUAAACCCCAUCCAAUCUUCCUCUUUAUGUUGCUUUAAGUUUGUGAAAUCAUCUUAUUUCACACUGUUUUGUACACCGUGUCAGCUUAUUACAGCUCCUCGUGGAAGCUAUAUGAUUGAGCCAUGUUUUUAUGGCUGCACUAUUCCAUCAAAUGGACAUAUUUCAGAUGUUUUGAGCAUCAUUAUACAAACAUUUCCUCACAGUUCAGCAUAGUUGGUAUCUUUGGAGACUUUGGGAUCACAAUAAAUAAAAUGUUAUGUGGGUUUUAACAAUGUUUGACUACACAGGUGGGCUUACUUUUCAGAUAUGAAUUUACUUAUUUGCAUAUUGCAAUAUAACCAAGCUGUUUGUAUGAAGUUGUUUCUAUCGGCCAGUGCAUUUGUGCUUUAAUUUGAUUAUUUUUUCAUUGUGCUGUAUUUAUUUUACCCUCCAAAACCAAACAAGUGAUGUUUGUUCAGUUUACAUUUGUGAUAUGACAAUAAAAGACAUUUGGUGAAAUUCUGA